AUGCACAGCCCGCCCCUCCUGACCAGUUUAAUAGCCUGGUCCUCAUCUCACCUCUCGUUACGUGACAAGUCCUUCCAACAAGUCGCAAUGCAAAACCGAUGCGCGGCUCUUCGCGAUCUCCGAGUCGCACUGGAUUCCGAUCCGACGAAUGUGGAGACCAACCUAGCAAUAUCAUUGGUGCUAUGCUCGCUAGAAAGCAUUAUGGCGGACAAUGGCGACGCGUGGUUUCUGCAUCUGAAUGGUGCGGCGGGCGUCAUUGCGUCCAAAUUAUGCACAGUGGAAACAUCCGGCGGACAAGGUGCAGCAUGUCUGUCACAGAAGUUUGAGGAUGAGCAUUCUGGGCGGUGGUUAUUGCGGAACUUUGCAUACCGUGAUAUCGUCAUGUCCGUGGCGCGAGAUAAGGCGCCUCUUUUGAGCUCUCAUCAUUUCUUAGGACCAGAUGAGCCUCGGCUGCCUGAUUCACAUUUUGGUCUUGCGUCGGAGAUUUUGGAGAUCCUCUAUCAUACCACUGUAUUGAAUGAGCAGAUCAAGGCGUCACUCCACUCUCCGUCGACAUUGCCAGACAGUGCUGCAGUACAUCCCAAUAUCCCACCUGGAAUUUUUGCCCAAUCGCCUGAGAAUAUGACACGGUUUCUUUCUCUAGAGGCUCGACUCGUGCGUUGGACAUGCCCUCCAUCAGCGGAUCUUUCAUUAAGAUUGCUUGGCGAGACAUAUCGCUAUUCGGCUCUGAUCCAUCUGUAUCGUGUUAUGCGUCGGGCCUUCCCUGGUCGGCAGGAUGAGUUUUCAUCAAAGGCGGGUUUCCAGGUCGCGUCUAUUGUGGGAUAUGUCGAGCAGAUGCCGACCCGCAGUCUGCCUGAGUGCACUUUGCUCUUCCCGUUAUUCUUGGCUGGCGGAGAAGCCACUGAUGAAUCGCAUAUCAAAUGCAUUCGGAAUCGAAUGAUCGACAUGAUCGAGUCUCGCGGCUUCCGUAAUGUUGAAGUUGCAUUGUCUGUUCUAGAGAAGCUUUGGCGAUUGAGGAUCGCCAGAAAGACGGCUGGUGCCUCUUUGCGAGUUGAUUGGCUUAAUAUUGUACAACAGGAAGGUAUUUCCCUCUCCCUGUCCUAA